AUGGAGAAAAAAUAUACUCAAAAGUUUCGAAAAGAAUGGAUUAAUAAUCCCAAGUUGAAAGAAUGGAUCAGUGAAUGUAAAGAUCCAGAGAAAGCUUAUUGUAAAUAUUGUAAAUGCGAAAUAAACGCAAAGUUAUAUGUGCUGAAUGUUCACGCAGAGAGUAAAAAACAUAUCAAUGCAGUUGAACGCAUUGGUUCUACCAACCAACUGCCCUUUAAACCAGUCAGUUUGAAAAUACAACAACAGGAGGCUUCAUUGUGUAUGUUUUCAGCAGUACAUGCUUCAAUUUCAACUGUCGAUCAUUUGGGAGAAGUCUGCAAAAAUCGACUGGAAUGCUCAUCAUUAAAACUUCAUAGAACUAAGUGCACCAAUAUAAUAAAAAAUGUUCUUGGCCCCCACUUUGACGAUGAACUGCGUAAAGAUAUUGGUGAAGGAUAUUUCAGUAUUUUAAUAGAUGAAUCGUGUGAUGUCGCUUUAACAAAAGUAUUGGGUCUGGCAUUAAUUUAUUUUAGCAGCAAUUUGGGAAAAAUUGUAUCCACAUUUUUAUCAAUAGAAGAGUUGGAAAGUGGAUCUGCUGAAAAUAUUGUUAUUGGUGUUAAAAAUGCUCUUAGAAAAUUUAAUUUAAAAACUGAAAAAUUAGUUGGCAUAGCAACCGAUAACGCAAAUGUUAUGCUGGCUGUGAACCAGUCUCUAAAAGAAUAUUUACCUGAGCAAUUAGAAUUCCUUGUUUUUGAAACCUACAGCUGGUUCUCAAAAAGUUCCAAGAGACAAGUUGUUUACAAAAAUUUGUACAAAAAUCUAAAUGAAAAGGACCCAUUAAAAAUUCCAAAAACUUCGGAUACUAGAUGGUUAUCCAUUGAAACAUCAGUUUCAAGAAUAUUGUCGCAAUGGGAGGAGCUCAAAGUGCAUUUCGAAACAGCAUACAUGGAAGAAAAAUGUCUAAAGGCUAAAAUCUUAUGUGAAUUAUACAACGAAGACAAUAUUCGUCUAUAUUUGUUAUUUUUGAAUUUUACUUGA